UUGAUUGAACGGCCAUUUCAACCAGUUAGCUAGCCUAGGCCUCUAUCAGUUAAGAAAAUUUUGCAACAAUAACAGUCGAAAUAACCAAAACUCAGAUCGCCCAGUUACUAUUACGCCAUAGCUGUCGUCAAUGUUGAAGUAGGAUACAUUAGUAUCUGCCCAGUUAUCUCAAAUCGGAGAUAACGUACAACUGAUUGAACUGAUACCUUUGAGCGUUAGUAUUUGUGAGGAUCGGAACUGUGCAACUACGUUAAAGAUAAUUUGGGACGAAAAUUAAGUAAAUAUGGUUCCACCGCCACCCCCGCCGCCACAACCAACGACUUCUAGUAUGGAAGAGGGUGUUAGAUUCGGAGGACCUGAAAAAUACAAAAUGUCAAGCUUCGUUGUAUGGAUAAACGUGUUAACUACUGUAACACAUUUCCUUCUGGGUGCAAUUGCUUUUACUGGUUUUCUUAUAGUAAAUCCCUUCUGGAAUGUGCCCAAGUUAUCGACGCACGUUUAUUUCGUAAUGAUAGGGUACAUGGUGCUGAUGAGCCAAGUGCUAUUAUCGUACAACCUCAACACGGGAUUCACAAAUAACUUGAGGUUCCCGCAGAAAAGGAUGUUUCACUGGGUCAUGCAAGUGAUUGGAGCAGGAAUUGCAUUCAUUGGGUGUUGUCUGGGACUAGCCGCAAAUGCUGAUGCAGAUAUUGAACAUCUAACAACUAAUCACGGAAUUAUUGGAUUCAUCGCAAUGUUGCUGACAGCCAUGAGCUUCGUGGGAGGAAUCAUGCACAUAAUAAAAUGGGAGCAAAUGAGCAACAAGUUCUUCGAGGGGUUGUAUGUAUGCGUUUUUACUUUAACUCUCAUCUUCGCCCACUCUGCAUUCUGCAUUCGAAUAGCAGAUUUCGGCAAUGGCGUUAGCGAAGUAAUGGUAAUAUUUUUCUCUGUGAUCGCAUUAAUUUUGACGUUAAUAAUGACUUUCAUUGAUUUGUUGGUACGCACGGGUUACUUUAUGUAGAUUUUAUUUAGUGUAGGAUAGGGUGUCAUUUCUGAAACAUGUACACUCGUGAGUAUCUAAAUUGUUGGAGAUGUGGUAAAAAAUAUUUUAUGGCGUCUUAGUAUUGAACUUGGGCUCAAUUUUCGCACGGCUAUCAAGUUUUCCUAUUUUUGCUAUACCUUUAAUUGCGCUACGUUACUAUGUCAUGAAUGAAAAUAUAACAAACCAAGUGUAAAUAGAUUUACCGAAAAAAGAGGUUGGUACCUUUGCCGACUUACCUAAUGCACGAACUACGGUGUUUAAAUUGAACUGUUUUUCUACAGUAUUUUCAUAUUAUUUAAAUUACAUUUGACUUAUUUACUGGCUCACUGCCCACGAGUGUACAUUUUCUGAAAAUUUAAUAGGAUAAUAAGAGAAAUUGCAUGCCCUGGUAAGUACUUUGUUUGUAUAUUUGUUCACAUGUUGAGUUACCUGCAGACAACAUUUAUGUAUUUCGUGAAUAUAUAAAAAUGAUGUCAUCGGUAAAGCAAUUACCUAUAGCAAUAUUCCAUUAUUAUCUACUACUUAAGUAGGUUGAUUAAUGGAAAAUAUUAUGCGUACCCAUACUUUAACUUAAUUUUUAUUUACCAUGUAUAAAAUUAAUAAAACAUUAAGUAAGUUA